UUCGUAGCUGCUCAUGUCCGCCGUCGUCGAAGAAGGUGAGGUGUAGACAUACAAUACAACUUGUUUUAUGUAAAAAUAAUCGAGGAAUUCCUUGUGUAACAUGUAAAUACAUUAAUUGUAAACUUCAACAAUGGGAAAAUUAUAUCAGAGACUGUGUCUCUCAUGGGACCCUCUAUUUAAUGAGAGAGAAGUGUUUUUCGCACGGGUUUGAAGUUUAAAAAAAUGGCAUCGAAUUCUGAUAAAAUGGCCGUGACAGUGGAUAACCAUACGAAUUCUCCUGUUAACGAGGAAAAUAGUCGAGAUGAGAACGAUUCUAAAGUAGUGGUAGGGACAAAUAAACACGGAUCGGAAGGAGUACACAAAAAGAAGACUUUCAAGAUCACAAGUAUCACGAAGAACCGAGGUGGCAGCAGUGAGGCUCAGAUUGGGGAACUGGAUGGUGAUUCAUUAGAAGAUCUGGAUGAGACGGUGGAAAGUCACACGGAGGACGCGAGUUCUGAGAUUCUGGAUGGGUCAAAGUAUGAAGAUGUGGGGGACCAGAGCCCCCUGGAGGAGAACACUUUCACAACAGAUGCUGAAUCUGAGACAGGUAGGGAGGUCAAAGAUAAGGGUGACCAACACACUGUCACCAGGUUUAAAGUGGUCAAAGUAGAAACAAAGGAACCAUUCCGAAGAGGCCGAUGGACUUGCAGAGAUUCUUUAGACACGCCGGCAAUGGCAGAUGCCAGUGACACAAAAGUUAGUACUAAAGAGAAAGACAAAGUCAAUUCCGGCAAUUCCAGUGCGUGUAGUUCUGUACAUUACGAUUAUGGUCAAGAUGAACCUUCCAAAAACCCUCUACUUAUUGGGAAUACAUUAAAUCAAGUGAAUGAUCAAUUAAAUGAAUUGAAUCAAGCCUCUGCGCUUGUUAUGAACCAAAACCCUGUAAACGUUCACAUGACGCAGACUGGUCAGUUAGUAUGGAGUGACGGAACACAAAUGCCACAAUCUUCAAUAAACCUUGCCGCUUCCUAUGGAAUGCCCCCUCCUCCCUCCACUCCAAAUAUGAAUCAGAUGCCCAAACUUUUGUAUCGUGUUCCGCCACCAAUGGGCGACCAGGCAACGAUUCAGUCUUAUAUCAAUGCCAUGAAUUCUGGGGCCCCCACUUUUACCCCGGGUCAACCCGCUGUCAGUGUCAGUCAAAGUGUCAUUGGCUGUCAAAGUCAAGGUCAGUUACAGACAGUGUCGGUACAGGCCAUGCCAAAUGGACCACUAGGUGUCGGCUCACAACAACUGCAUAUUUCAAAUGCACCUGUGAUAAGCUCACUUCCUAAUAGCAUUAGUGUCUCGUCAAGUAACAGUGAUGUAGAAUAUACUCAGUCACUUCCAAAGACAGUUGAUCCAGUGCGACAACCUCCAACGAACAUACAGACACCUGCUCUGAAUCCCGAGAGCUACAGUGUUCCAAAUGUAGCCCAGACAAGUAACAUUACUUCCCCAGGGGAAUAUCAUGACAAAAGUGCAAAAGAAAAUUUGAAUAUACCCAAUAGUUUAAUGCUUACUUUGUCAGCUAGUCAAACCAAUGCAGAUCAAGUUGUAAAUGAAAACAUAUCAGACAAGCCCCCGCAAGACCCCAAAGGCCUGGUGGAGCAGGAGGAGCCAGGAAACUCCUCCCUGACCCCCAUCUUGACUGAGUCUGCUGUUGCAGAAGCCGUGGGGAACAUCUCUAGUCCAACCAAAGAAGACACAGAAAGUGGUUCAAGCACAGUUGCCAUUGAUAACAAGAUUGAGCAAGCUAUGGAUCUGGUCAAGAGCCAUUUGAUGUAUGCCGUAAGAGAAGAGGUGGAAGUACUGAAGGAACAGAUCAAAGAACUCAUCGAGAAAAACUCACAACUCGAGCAUGAGAACAACAUCCUGAAAGCUGCCGCCAGUCCAGAAACGCUGGCCCUACUGGCUCAACCCCGCCAGUCCCAGCCCCCUCCCCCAUCCUCAUGACAACCUCGACCCCCCGGGGCCUGAGACGGCCCCGCUCCACUCAAAGCUUCUAGUGUCUCGGUACCACCAGACCACAUCCCCCUAAGGAAUUAGGGAAGAGUUGCUGUAAAAGUCCAAAAUGAAAGGCUCUCAACAAAGAAUGGACAGGCUUUAUGUACAAAGCAUGGUGUUGAUGAAGCCUAAGGCUGCAUCGGAAACUCUAGGCAGAGACAGUUUUUUUCGGAAACCUGUGGUUCGGUUGUGCAGUUGUUGGGGAAAGGUCGUUGACAUACUCAUGUAAUGAUACCGGUACACAAAGUGACAUUCAAAUGUACAAACAUAUUUAUAAUUAUCAAAAAAUACAUUCAUGACAUAUUGUUAACACUGAAUUAAAAAUUUGGUAUAUUCCAAAUCAUCUCUGAUCAUUCCUAUAGUUGACAUUGAGUCAGAAUUAGUUGCUCCAAUGAGGAAAAAAAAUGAUUGUGGAAUAAUGGAAUGAAAUUUUAUUCAUUUGUAUAUGAAUUAAUUUACAUUGUUCACAUAGAUUGCAUUUUUUUAAAAACACUGUCUUUUAUCCAAAAGAAUUAGUUUUAUGAAAAAAUGAGAAAAAGAAUAGUGUCAUUCUUAUUUGUGCCAUGUUAAAAAUGAAGAUCUUUGUUGGGUCUACAAGCUUCAUUUGAGCUCGUAAGGUGCUUUUAUAAAAUACAUGUUUUAAUGGACGUAAUAAGCAUGAGACCCCUGGCCAGUAUAUAUAACUAAGGGAUGGAGAUUUAUAUUUUUUUCCUGUGGAAUUAUAUGUAACAAUGCAAAUUGUGAAAGAGUUACUUUGCAUCAAAUGUUUGAAUAGAGGGCAAUUGUUUGCAAAGUGAUUAUAAAAUGAGAUUAUGGCUGUACAUAUAUCUCGCCAAAUCUGUACAUAAUGUAAAAAAAUAUAUUAAUUUUUCUCUGUAUUAAUUAUGAAAAGUAUAUUUUUUAAUUGUUGAAAAAAUGAUAUGUAUACAUUAAAAGCAUAAAAUUGCAAUGCUAUUUCCAGCCAAUUUUAUUUUCUUUAUUCUUUCUCAGUGAGUAGUCUUUGGUUUUGAUAAAAAAAAAAUGUGAAACAUUAUAUUUGGAUUCUUUUGCUCAUCUUUUGUGAACUAGUCAUUUUAAAAAAAGUGAAAGUACUUGCAUGCACAAAUUAGAAAGUGAAUGAAAAUAGAAAAUCAAUUAUCAUGGCAUUUUUAAUUUAUGGAUUUAUUUUAUACAAAUCAUUGAAUUAUUGUUAGGUCUUAAUUGUUUUAACAUCACUUAAGAUGAGGCUGUAUAAUUUGUGGUGCAGAAUAGAGUUGUGUCCCUUGAACAUUAAUGUAAAUUCAGUUAAAAAGUUUUUAAAAUAACAGUGGGUUUUUAUUUAGCCAUUAUUGUUAACAUUAUAAGUGCUGCGAACAUUUAUUUGAUGUGAUAAGUGAAAAAUAAGCCAUAGACAUCUACCAUUGUUUGUGUGUUUUGACUAGCAUUAUUUGUCAAAUUUAAAAAAAAAAAUAAAAUGUGAUAUGCUUGGAAACAAAUCUAUAUUAAAAUUUGCAUAUAAUAAAAAA